AUUCACACACCUCCCAUCUCCCAUGUUUACGUCAAAUCCUUCCCAGCAGCGGAUGUUAUUGGGAAAGUGGGGCUACAAACGUGAACAUAUGAGCUAGAAAGCACUGAAAAGUUGUCAGGCCUGAUAUUUUCAUGAUCACGGUGGAUACAGAAGAAACGCCGCUUGAACGUCAGCACAGUGUGAGGAGAGCUCCCUUCUCUGGCCUCCUUCCAGCGAACCAACAUGUCCAGUGACCCCCCUCCUCCUUACCCAGGGGGCCCCAGUGCCCCGCUUCUCGUGGAGAAAAAUGGGCAACCUCCAGUUCCUGCAGCCAGUGCUCCAGUAAUGACAGGACCUCCACAAGGGCAGCCACUGCCUCCAGAAUAUGGACCUCCACCUUAUGAAGCUACACUACAACCAGGCUUUGUUCCUCCACACGUCCCAGGAGAAGGUCCCAUGCCUAAGCCUGUGCAUAUGCCAAUGCCCAUGCCUCAUCCUCACGGUGGUUACUAUGCUCCGCCUGGACACUUUCCUCAUCCGAUAGCCGAGCACUAUGGUCCGGGGCCAGGUCACUUUGCUCCAGGUCACACAGCCACAGUCCUUGCCCCUCCUGGUGCCGCCACCACCGUCACUGUUCUACAGGGGGAGAUGUUCCAGGCGGCUCCAGUGCAGACGGUUUGUCCACACUGCCAACAACCCAUCAUCACCCGCAUCAGCCACGACAUCGGCCUCAUGAAUACUCUUAUCUGUAUGUUCUGCUUCUUUGUCGGUUGUGAUCUAGGUUGCUGCUUGAUCCCCUGUUUGAUUGACGACCUCAAGGAUGUGACGCACACUUGCCCGAACUGCAAGGGCUAUAUUUACACAUACAAGCGCAUAUGCUAACAGUUUAUCCCAUCAACGAUCUUGCUGUGACCUCUUUCUGGUGGGUGUCGAUGACUCGCUUUUUCGUGUUCAUUUUGCCCCAACUGACAGUUCAUAUUUCCAGCCACUUCUCACUUCAUGUAACUAUUGAUUCUCACACAUUUUGACAUAGUUACUGAUGCCUGUAAAGUUAAGCGGAGGUGAUUAGCGGUCAUUGAAGGAUCGGUACAUUUUAUACGCACAAUGGUCAGGGUUACAUUGUGCCAUCCAAGUACUGUUUUAUUUUUAUUUUAGCAGUAGAGCAAAGUGUAUACAUUUAGAGAAUAUGUGAAAACAUUAACCUCGAAAAGCUCAUUUGUGAAUAUUACUGAGUAGCGAAACUAAAUGAAGUUCACUUCAGGGUCAGUAUUGUUGGAUCGUAGGAUUAUUAUUGUAUGCAUUAUUGUUUUAUUUUAACCUAUUAAAAUGAAAGUCUUUGAUGGCUGGGGCUUUUGAAGUCCUGGGGUAACACUGUUGCUUUUACAUGCGAAAAUGUUACUGUAUUUGGCAUUUUAUGCAAAUGUCAUGGGAUUUUGUUUUUCUUUCACUUUUGUUUUUGAUUUCUUAUAUUUGUCGACAAGGCUCAUUUCAAGUCGAUUUGAUAUAUGCG